AUGUCUAAUCAGAAUGUCCUAGUGACAUACUCUGCACCAGUGUCGUUUCUGGCCUCAGAGAACUGGAAGCAAGUGCUAGCUGCCUUGCAAUCUCAGCUACCGCUUCGGAGCAUUCACUGGAAGUCAGCCUCCCGGCCGAAUCUUAAAACCAUUCAGGAACUUGAACUUACUCUCGUUCCUUUGGAUUCUCUCCGCGAUGAACACACAUCACAAGUACCACUCACUCUGUUAGAAAAGCCUCUACUCAACCUUUACGUUGUAACGUGCGAGGAUAACGACUUGUACAAGGCAACUGUGAAGAAACAGAUCAAAGACUGGCAUUUUUCCGUAUCUCAGCGGAAGAAUCAAGAAUGGAUCAUCGUGCACGUUGUUCGUUCUGAUGUCAAGACCACAGACCGCAAGUUCUUCAACAUGAAGAGCUCCGUCCUUGAUAAGAUAAAGGCAGAUUUUAAUAUUGACAAGCGAGACCGAUGCGUACAGUUGUCAUGGACAGCGGGAGAUCACAGUCCUGUCAUAUGGGCUGAUCUUGUGAACAAGAUCAAGGACGGUUUGCUGUCUGCUCUAGAUUCAUCUGUUUCUCAACGUGAAGAAGAGGUCAGACGCUCUGAGAGUCAGAGGCAAAUGCCCGGUUGGAAUUUCUGCACAUUUUUCAUAUUGAAGGAAAGCCUUGCAAGCUCCUUUGAAGGAGUGAAACUUUUCGAAGAUGCCCUGCACCAGUACAACGAGCUGGAAGCAUCUUUUAUCCAAGUUCUGAGAGAGAAGAACAUGUCCUGGUUUGGUAGUCUCAUUCAGCCUGUGGACAAGGACGACUCGGUGCCUCUACUCUCAAUUACGAAGAAACAUUAUCGCGACCUUAUCCUCGCCAACUCCAUCUCAGUGUUCGAUUUCCGGAUAUACUUGCUUUCUCGUCAGUGUGCCCUGCUAAAUAAGAUGCGUCGCCCGUCCGAGAUUUGCCAGAAGGUCACCACCUUUUUGGGCACAUUUGGUAGACGAUUGCGAGAGGUAGAGGCCAAGUUACCGGAAUACUUUAUUGAGUCAUGGAUAUUUUCUUCUGCUCUCAGUGUUGUCGAUCAAUGUGAUACGUGGGCUACUACGAUAGAACUGGAUAGCAUUCAGCUCGCGCGAUUCAGUGCGAGCAAGGGUGAACUUCUUGAAUUAGCCAAGACUCAGCUCGACAUCAUUGGCGUAAAAGUAGGUCAUCUGCCCAAAAAGCUGCCCUUUGCAAGUAUAGAAGAGACUGCCUUGCAUCCAGAACAAAUCGGUAAACGCUCAUCGACGCGGCGGAUAAGCAAUCAGGAGAUCAUACUAGCUAUCAGGGACAAGGAGGCUUUUUAUGACUUGUAUUGCGCAACUUCAAAUCGUGCCAUCGACAUGUACGUAAAGGCUGGCCGUCGCAAAAUUGCGCUAAAGCUGCAUGGCUUCCUCGCCGCCCUGGACAUCCAUCGAGGACGCCUGGCAAGUGCUCUGGCCAUUUUUACAUCCUUACCCGCACAUUAUGCACCUCAUAUGUGGAUAUCGCUAGAGUCCUUCGUACUCUCUCGUGCACUCGACAUACAUGCGGAGUUGAAAAAUCCUCAAGACCGAGAGUGGAUACAUAUCUUACUUGCAUAUCUCAGGACAUGCACAAACGACAUGAGCAAAGAACUGACAUCGGAGGUGGAUCAAGAGAAGUCUGUUACCCAGCUUAUUAAAGCACUCCACACUGCUGCGGCAAGUUCAGACUCAGAUCUGGUUCACACAGACCAUCCUAUUAUGGCAGUUCAAGUAUCUGGUGAUGCUACCUGUAGUGACGAUGAAGACUUAGUCUGGAUAGAUGCCACCGUUUCAAAUCAUCUACCAUGCGAUGUCUUUGUUGAUGAGAUUAACAUAACAUUGCGCGGUCGAGAUUCUGAACGUUUGAAGUUCAUCGCGAAGGUGGAUAAACUUCCUCCUGGCCAAUUGACCGUAACCCUAUCUUGCCCGUCAUCUUCGUGGGGUCUAUAUACUCUUGAGAGCAGUGAAAUAGUGAUGUCGCGUGUCCACUUUCAAUGGCAACAUACGGGUACUACGACCACUGCUCCCAAGAGGAAUCAGAUUUCAUUGGUGCGCGUGCCACACAGUUUGCGCGCAUUGGAUGUACAGAUGCGUCAACCUCAGCAAACUGAGCUUGGAACGACAUCACACCUCUUGCUUGUAAUUUCCACUGGCCGAAAUGACAUCUCGAGGGCAACUAUUAAGCUAACUCCGCCUUCUGGAGUGCGAUUCAACUAUUCCGCGGCACGCUUAGAGGCCGAAGGUACGGAGACUCUUGAGGCCUCUGAUAACGCUAUCGUCCUUCUGGAUGCUCCCGUCGACGCGGACAUCAUAAUUUCGCUGCCACACUCCGAUGCUUCGAGAUAUCAUACAAUGAAAAUCUGGUUAAAUGUGACAUAUAACACGCAAUCCUCAAUGGGUGUGAUCCGCACCUUGCAAACCUCAAGAGUUGUCACGGUCUCACUACCCAUAGCAGUUAAUGUAGAAGACUUUUUCCGCGGCAAAAGACUAUUUUCCAAGUUUACUAUCUCGGCAACUUCCCACCAGCAUGUUCGAAUAUCCUCGACAGAGCUGCAGGGUGCACGAAGCCUCGAUGGGGUAAAGAUCUCAGGCUGUCGUCCGAGCCGUCCUGUUGUGACCGUUAUGCCAGAACAUCCCGUGAACUUCUUGUUCUCCAUAGAGUCUUCGAAUGGACCUGAGGUGGAGGCAAUAGUUCGACAAACCGUGGAAACUGUGUUGUCAAGCAUGCCAGUCGAGAAGCCCCAAUACGGCUCUCUACGACGUAUGCUCAUCGACAAACUGGUCGCACAACUGGAGAGUAACGCUGAAUGGGUAGAAGCAUACAGAGCUACUGGUGAAAUUAUCUUACCUCGUUCGUUUGAAGAUGACGGGGAUUUCCAGGGACCUAUUUUGGAGGCAUUGGCGCAAUGUCGCCCAGAGACUGCAUCACCCUGCCCUUGGAGAGAGAUCAAGAUACCAGUUGACGUGCCAAGGAUGAAUAUUGUGACUGCAGCACGAAUCACUAUUCAACCCUCUUCACUUCCCAGUGACAUUCAUUGCUACACGAUGCGAUACGAUGUCGAAGAGCGUGUCAAGGAUUGGCUUUUGUGUGGACGAAAACGUGGAGAUUUCGUUGCAACUGACGGUGGUUCAUUCGCUGUUCCGUUGACAUUGAUAGCUCUGCAUCACGGCGAAAUUACCUUACCCAAGGUCGACGUUCGACCACUACCAAUAUUAACGCAAGCCUCGAUGGGAUCUACAGUGCCAAGCGCUGAUGCUUAUCAAGUUCAUGGAGCUGAAAAGGUUUUGAUUCUGCCCAGAGGUGGCAGAAGUACAUAUAUCGUAGGUAUGGGCGGCGAAUACGAAUGA